AUGGCGGCGAGCGCAGGACAUUGGCGCCGGUGGGGAGUCAUGAGGCGGCUGGCGCUGGUCCCGGGGCCAUGGCCUCCCCAGCCAGCCGGCCUCACAGGGCUGGGCCGCUGGCGGGGACACCACAUGUCCAGACUGGCGCUGCUGCCGAGUGCGGGGGCAGCAAGCGGCACCUCGCCGUCCUGGGCUCUGUGCAGCUUGGGGCCCCUUGGGCGCAGCACAGGGGACUGGCGGGGUCUGUGGGAUGAGACCAGAAACCAGGGCAGCAGCACCCGGGCAGAAGGCCAUGAGGACUACUACAACAGCCCCAAGGGCGGUGAUGAAGGCUGGCCUGGGGCCGGCCAGAGCGGCGGGGAGGGGGGCCAGGAAGGCCCAGCCAACAACGCCCUUACACCCAUGAUGAUCCCGGAGAUCUUCCCGCAUGUGCCGCUCUUGGCCAUCAACGGCAACCCCGUGUUCCCCCGCUUCAUUAAAAUUACUGAGGUUAAAAACAAGAAGUUGGUCGAGCUGAUAAGAAAGAAAGUUCGCCUUGCCCAGCCAUAUGCUGGUGUCUUUCUAAAGAGAGAUGACAACAAUGAGUCUGAUGUGAUUGAGAACCUGAAUGAAAUUUAUCACACUGGAACUUUUGUCGACAUUCAUGAAAUGCAGCUCCAAGGGGACAAGUUACGUAUGAUAGUCAUGGGACACAGAAGGAUUCGUAUAAACAGACAACUAGAGCCUGAGGAAAUGGAGCUAGAAAAUAAACAGAAGAGAAAAAAAUCUAAGGGAGCCAAGGAGGAGACAGAGGACAUACAAGGUGCAAAGGAUCAAGUGGUAGACCUGGUGAUUGAACCCCCCACUAAUUUGGGAAAUGAAGUGCUCAUGGUAGAAGUGGAAAAUGUAGUCCAUGAAAACUUCCAAGUCAAUGAAGAAGUGAAAGCCCUUAUUGCAGAAAUUGCGAAGACAAUUCGAGAUAUCAUUACUUUGAAUCCUUUCUAUAGAGAAUCUGUGAUUCAGAUGAUGCAGGUUGGGCAGAGACCUCUGGACAAUCCCAUCUUCCUGAGUGACAUGGGGGCAGCACUGACAGGAGCCACACCUCAGGAGCUGCAGGACGUCUUGGAAGAAACAAAUAUUCCAAAUCGGCUCUAUAAGGCCCUCUCUCUGCUCAAGAAGGAAUUUGCACUCAACAAAUUGCAGCAGCGGCUAGGCCAGGAAGUAGAAGAGAAAAUCAAACAAACUCACCGCAAGUACCUUCUGCAAGAGCAACUAAAAAUUAUCAAGAAAGAACUGGGCCUGGAGAAAGAAGACAAAGAUGCCAUUGAGGAGAGAUUCCGAGAACGUUUAGAGGACCUUGUUGUUCCCAAGCACAUCAUGCAUAUGAUUGAUGAGGAGAUGAGAAAAUUGGGCUUCUUGGACAAUCAUUCCUCAGAGUUCAGUGUCACCCGAAAUUAUUUGGACUGGUUGACUUCCAUACCCUGGGGAAAGUAUAGCGAUGAGAAUCUAGAUCUGGCCCGAGCCAAGGAAGUCCUGGAGGAAGAUCAUUAUGGCAUGGAGGAUGUCAAGAAGCGCAUCUUGGAAUUUAUUGCUGUGAGCCAACUCAGAGGAUCAACUCAAGGGAAGAUACUUUGUUUCUAUGGCCCUCCAGGAGUGGGCAAGACAAGCAUUGCUCGCUCCAUUGCAAGAGCUUUGAAUAGACAAUGUUUCCAAUUCAGCAUUGGAGGCAUGACUGAUGUGGCAGAAAUCAAGGGACACAGGAGGACAUAUGUUGGGGCCAUGCCAGGGAAGAUCAUCCAGUGUCUGAAAAAGACCCAGACGGAAAACCCCCUCAUUCUAAUAGAUGAGGUGGAUAAGAUCGGGCGGAGUUACCAGGGAGAUCCCUCUUCUGCACUACUUGAGCUUCUAGAUCCAGAGCAAAACUCCAGCUUCCUGGACCACUACCUUGAUGUCCCAGUGGAUCUGUCCAAGGUUCUAUUCAUCUGCACAGCCAAUAUUAUAGACACCAUCCCUGACCCUUUGAGAGAUAGGAUGGAGAUGAUCAAUGUCUCUGGCUAUGUGGCCCAGGAGAAACUUGCCAUUGCAGAGCGUUACCUGCUCCCUCAUGCCCGAGCCCUGUGUGGUCUGGAUGAAAGCAAAGCCAAAAUCUCCUCAGACGUAUUGACCCUUCUCAUCAAGCACUACUGCCGGGAGAGUGGUGUCAGAAACCUGCAGAAGCAGGUGGAAAAGCUGUUAAGAAAAUGUGUCUAUAAGAUAAUCAGUGGGGAGAUGGAGUCUGUGGAAGUAACACCUGAGAACCUACAGGACUUUGUUGGAAAGCCCAUCUUCACUGUGGAACGCAUGUAUGAUGUAACACCACCAGGUGUGGUCAUGGGUCUGGCAUGGACAGCCAUGGGAGGUUCGACCUUGUUCAUUGAGACCUCGUUACGGUGCCCAAAGGAAAAAGACAGCAAAGAUGGGAGCCUAGAGGUGACAGGUCAGCUGGGGGAUGUCAUGAAAGAAAGUACCAGGAUUGCAUACACAUUUGCCCGGGCAUUCUUAAUGCAUGAGGACCCAUCCAAUGAUUUCCUGUUGACCUCACACAUCCACCUGCAUGUACCUGCAGGUGCGACCCCCAAGGAUGGCCCCAGUGCAGGCUGCACCAUUGUCACUGCACUGCUCUCCUUGGCCAUGAACCAAUCCAUUCGCCACAAUGUGGCCAUGACAGGGGAAGUUUCCCUCACUGGCAAGAUCCUUCCUGUGGGAGGCAUUAAGGAGAAGACCAUUGCAGCCCAAAGAGCAGGGGUAACUUGUGUCAUCCUUCCUGCAGAGAACAAGACGGACUAUUAUGACCUUGCAGGGUACAUCACUGAAGGGCUAGAAGUGCACUUUGUGGAGCACUACAGUAAGAUCUUUGACAUUGUCUUUCCCCAAGAGGAAACAGGAAUGAGGAACUUUCAGAGGCCCUAA